CAUUGUCCCCCAGCAAUAAGAACACUGAGCAUGUGGCAGCUCCACAUUCCUCAUUGUCCUUCCAAGCUCACCCAUUGGUGACAGAGUGUGAGAAACUACAACCAGACCAAGACCCACACAUUCAUAUGCAGAUUUGGGACUAUAUAUAGGAGACAUGAAGCCAGUAGAGUCAGAUUCACUUUACACAGAGACCCCUACAGAACAGAGACACAGACAUGGUACCUACAAUCACCUCAGCUAGCAUCUACUCUAAGGAGCACCUGACUCUGACAAGCAAGUUAAGAAAGCCAGUGGUUGAAAAGUUACGCAGAGAUCGUAUCAACAGCAGCAUUGAGCAGCUCAAGUCUCUUUUGGGUCCAGAGAUCCUCAACCAUCCACCCGACUCCAAGCUAGAGAAAGCUGACAUCCUGGAGAUGACAGUUUGUUACCUGAGACUACAGCAACAGAACCAGACAGAAAGUUCUUCCUCCUGCUCAGCACCUGUCAAUCAGGGUUACUCUAGGUGUGUCCAAGAGUUUGCUCACUUCCUGUCCAAAGAUGAGGUGAAGACACAGUCCCAGAGAAGACUGCUGAGCCACUUCCAGAGCCUGCAUCCCUCCUCUGAUAAGAACAGGAGGGAGAGUGACCUCCCUCAGCUGAGCUCCUCAGACAAGCACAGCUUCAGCAAAGAGAGGAGUCCAGUCAACAGCGCCCUCUGGAGGCCCUGGUAGAGUCUUACAGACUGGAGCUCCACUCUCAGACAAACAGUUGACCAUAUUGGUCUAACAUUAAUAUCAUGGACAGUAAUGACAACAGGAAGACAACCUUUACCUCUUCUGUUUAUGCAAGACUUUUACAAGCCUUGGUGUUAUUGAGACUUCUACUUUUUGCUGCAAUUGCAGUUCUAAAGGUUUUCUUUCAAAUGUUCUAUUCUAAACAAACUACAUAUUGUAGUGUCUAUUGAAAAUACCAUAACAUUUAUGUUUUUGGAAAUGUGAUCAAAAUAUUGAUCCUUAGUUCGAUCAUUACUUUGAUCAUGAAUUUUUAUUGCAAUUGUACUGAAAAAGUUAAAUUGAUGAGCACAAGCUGUGUUUGUGAAGUUGUCAUCUAAAUCCUAAUGUUUGUUUUGGGAAACUAGUAAACAUUGUUGAUCAUGUUUUUCUAUAUGACCAAUAAUAGGUAUGUUCAUCUUCAAUGAGGAUUUCUCACCCAAAAUGGGUUUCAUCAAUCCAUUCUGGAUUGUAAAUUAUACAUGUAUGUUUAAUAUUUAAUGACUCAGUUAUUGAUUAUCUUCUGUGCAGAAUGUAUCAGUUAUUCAUUUGAUAUUGAUCAUUUUCAGAUAUGAAAAUGAUAUUGAUAUUUCAGAUCAGUUUCACUGCUCCUCCAUGAGGAUUAUUUAUACUAACUGAUUAUCAUACCAGUUAUCAUCUCUGUGAUUAGAGAUUAUUGAUCUGUUUUAAGAUCAGACUUACAGAGGAAAUAAAAAGUCUACACACCCCUGUUAAAAUGCCAGGUUUUUGUGAUGUAAUAAUGUGAACAAUUCAAUUG